AUCUGCAUGAAACACACUUGUCACUUUCAACUCUUCUCCUCCCUUCUUUAUAAACACCUACCACCUUUACAUUCCCACUGCACUAAACGCAAUUUCAUCAAAAUUUAACUGUUAAGCAAUGAGAAAUCUGCUCACUCUUUUGCUGCUGGUGCUGGUUUUCAGUUAUGGACUGACCCUGACAAUAGGAUAUAGAGACGAAGAUGAAGACUGGAAACUAGAAAGGGAAUGGGAGAGAGAGGAGAGGGGUGGUGAUGAAGAUGAAGAUGAAAGAUUAGGUCGUGGAGAGGAAAGUUUCUUGUUGCAAGACGCCAAGCAAGUGGUGAAGACUGAGGCAGGAGAUGUGCGUGUGGUAAGAAGUAUUGGAGGAAGGAUUGUGGACAGGCCGAUGCACAUUGGGUUCAUUUCUAUGGAGCCUAAGAGUCUCUUCAUUCCUCAGUAUAUUGACUCCAGUUUGAUCCUUUUCGUUCGCAGAGGAGAAGCCAGAAUUGGAUGGGUCCACAAAGACGAGCUGGUGGAAAAGACCUUGAAGGUUGGUGACCUGUACCGGAUUCGGGCCGGUUCAGCAUUCUAUUUGAUGAACACAGAGGAAGGACAGAAGCUUCAUAUCAUUUGCAGCAUUGACCCAUCUGAGAGCUUAGGAUUGAGAGCUUUCCAGUCUUUCUUCAUUGGUGGAGGAUCAAAUCCCACAUCAAUUCUAGCUGGAUUCGGCCAUGAAACACUUUCAAAUGCUUUUAAUGUCACCGCCGACGAAGUGGAGGAUAUAUUAAACCGGCAACAAGAGGGUCCAAUCGUGUACAUAUCCGAUUCUCAUGCACCAAGCAUGUGGUCAAAAUUCUUGCAACUGAAAGAGCAAGAGAGACUACAUCACCUAAAGAGAUUGGCAGAGUCACAGCAAGAGCCACAACAAGAAGACCCAAAAACAUGGUCGUGGAGGAAACUCUUGAACUCGGUAUUCAGAGCCGAAGAUAGGAAGGAAACCAGAGCAACUAAUGGACAUAAAGGCGCAUACAACAUCUAUAACAGACGCCCCCAUUUCAAGAACAACUAUGGAUGGAGUAUUGCUCUGGAUGAAUCUGAUUAUAAACCCCUUAAACAUUCUGGCAUCGGCGUUUAUCUUGUUAAUCUCACAGCGGGAUCGAUGAUGGCACCACAUGUGAAUCCAACUGCUACUGAAUAUGGGGUUGUACUUAGAGGAAUGGGAAGAAUUCAAAUAGUGUAUCCAAACGGAAGCUCAGCUUUGGACGCAAAAGUGAAAGAAGGCGAUGUGUUUUGGGUGCCUAGGUACUUUGCAUUCUGUCAGAUAGCAUUAACAGGGCCGUUUGAGUUCUUUGGAUUCACAACCUCAGCCCGGAAGAACAGGCCACAAUUCCUCGUAGGUGCAAGCUCACUUCUUCGGACGCUGCCCAACCCUGAGCUUGCGGCAUCUUUCGGCGUGAGCGAGGAUCGGAUUAAACAGUUCACCAAUGCACAACGUGAAGCUGUUAUAUUGCCUACGGCAGCUGCAGCAGCACCGGAGAAGACGGAUAAGUAUGAAAAUAAAAUGGCGGGCAAGUUUGAGAAGGUGCCACAUGUGAUCAGGAGCUUCGGUAAUGACUUGAUCCUGGGGUUUGAUUAAGGAAGUUGAAGGUGAAUAAGAUGAUGAUCGUCGGCUUCUUCUGUAGUUGAUCUUGAAUUUCCAAUUGUGAAUAAAGUGGAGUACUUUUUUUUCCCUGUA